AGAACAGAGAUACUGAUAAGAGAGAAGGAAGCGAAAAGGAAGAUAAAGAUAAAUAAAUACCACAGACACACAAGCACCAAUUUCGGCCUUCAUUUUUCGUUGCUUCAAAGUUCAAACCUAACAAAACUCGUGUGCGGUUUCCCCUCUCUGUUCUUCUUCGCAGAAAUGGAAGCUGCGAUGGUGGAUGCUCUGAAACCGAGUUUAAGGAGAGAGUUUAUUUUUCAGCAAGCGCUUCGCGAGGAGAUUUUGUACUUGAACGGGAACACCGUGGUUGGUGGUGAAGAUUUCUCAGUGGAUGAUCUCCUUGACUUCUCUAACGGCGAGUUCCAACAUCACUCUGAACAAGAACAAGAAUACGACAAAGAAAAACACAGCUUAUCUGUUUCCUCGCUGUCACAUGACGACAGCAACUCCUAUUCCAGCGGUGUUUCCUAUGAUUCCAUUUUCUCCACCGAAUUAGUUGUUCCGGUGAGUCUCUGUCCGUUCCGUUAUCGUUUUCCCCCAAAUUCUGUUUUGGUUUUCAAAUUGAAAUUGGUUUUUCUUCUACAGGCCGGUGAUUUGGAAGACCUAGAGUGGGUUUCUCACUUCGUUGAUGAUUCUAUACCGGAGCUGUCUCUUCUGUACCCGGUUCGUUCGGAGCAAGCGAACACGCGGGCUGAACCGGAACAUAAAGUGAAGAAAUCAACAACUACUUGUUUUCCCUCUGAAAUGAAAAUCACCACCAAGGCCAGAACCACACGCAAGAGAAAAUCCAACGCUCGCCUGUGGUCACUUAGCCCCUUGCUCUCGCGUCCUUCUUCGCCGUCGUCAUGUUCUUCGGUUUUUUCGUCGACCGCGCCGCCUGUCGUUUUCCGCGAGCCGCCGGCGAAGAAACAGAAGAAAAAGGUCGAGGCCCAAGUGGUCCAAGUCGUUGGGGCCCAGUUACAGAGACGGUGCAGUCAUUGCCAUGUGCAGAAGACGCCGCAGUGGAGGACCGGUCCACUAGGCGCCAAAACCCUUUGCAACGCGUGCGGGGUUCGCUACAAGUCCGGUCGGCUUUUUUCAGAGUAUAGACCGGCUUGCAGCCCCACCUUCUGCAGCGAUAUUCAUUCCAACAGCCACCGCAAAGUGUUGGAGAUAAGGAGGAAGAAGGAUAUGUCUGGACCGGUUGGACCGGAGGCCGGUUUGGCUCAGACUCAAUUGGUUUCGACUUACUGAGUUUUUAGUUUAGGAAAUGGCAGAAUAGGCAGAAUAGGUAUACAUCCCACCAACCGGUUUGAACCGGUUCGUUUUUUUUUGUAUAAUAUUUAGUGAUUUUAGUGCUAGUCAGCUAGGCAGGUAAAGAAUAUUCUUAUUAGGAAGGCAUUGAUUGUUUGUAUCCCGUUUCCUUAGCGUUGUUGAUUUAUUUAAUCUGAUACAGUUUAAGUUAAUUGGAGGAAGGAAGUUCAAUUUAAUUAGGGUUAUAUUUAUAUCAUUUUGCAUGAGAUAAUUAAAUUUUCUACACACAGAGAAGAUGGAUGAGUC